AUGGCGCGGUUGGCCAUCGCCCGGGGCAUCGCGCCGCCUCUGCGAGUGUGCGCGCCUUUGGACCGCGCGCAGGGAUCAUACCGAGGCUUGGGCAGCGGCGCCCCUCGCCUUGCAAGCGCAGCCCUGUCUGCUUUUGUGGUGCACGCCGGCCGCGGAGUGCGGGCGCGGCGAAUUGCCAUGGCGGCACAAACUGUGGAGGCCAACGCGUAUCUGAAGUCCAAGGUGGAGGAGAUGAUUGCCUUGCAGCCCAUCAUGGUUUUCUCCAAAUCUUGGUGCCCCUUCUGCAAGAAGGCGAAGGAUUCCUUGCAGCAAGAAGGCAUCCGCUUCGGUGUUUGUGAGCUUGACACUCUGGGUGAGGAGGUUGAAGCUCAGGUCCAGGACAUAUUGGCAGAAAUUACCGGAGCGAGAACAGUGCCACGUGUUUUCAUCGGUGGACAGUGCAUCGGAGGAGGCACUGACACAGAGAACAUGGCAGCGGAUGGCAGUUUGAAGAAACUGGCAGGUGAAGCAAUGCAGGACUUCAAGACCAAGAUUGCAGGUUCUGGCACCUUCGAGCUGGACAAGAAAGACGAGGAGUGGCAAGAAGCUCUGGGUUCACAGAGGUUUCAAAUCCUGCGCCGACGAGGAACUGAGCCGCCGGGGUCACACGAAUACGACAAGUUCUUGCCGGAGGCGAGGGCUGAGCGAAUGCGGCGCUCUGGGAUGUAG